CGAUAUUUAAAAGUCUAAUUUUUAGGCCAUGUAAAUUCUGGCGGUUAGAUAGUAAACAACAUAAAAACAAACAAAAAAUUCUUUAAUAUUUCUUAAAUGUGAAGAGAACGAGAAAAUGAAUAUUAUCUGUCCCAUUUGCAGUGACUUUCUUACACCUUUAUCUGAUAUUUAUAGUACCCCAUGUGGGCAUAUUUUUCAUUAUACUUGCCUAAUCCCUUGGUUUGAAAAUUCAAAAACGUGCCCGCAAUGCAGGACAAAAGUAACGAACAAACAGCUUGUACGCCUCUUUGUAACCCAGUCCUCAGGAAGCAACGAAGUUGACUGUUCUGUACUUCAGAAUAAAAUUGAAAAUUUAGAAUGGAAUAUGAAGCUAAAAGAUCAGGAAGUAAAAAGUGUGGGAACCAAAAAUAAAGAGUUGAGCACCCAAAACAAAAAUCUUAGGCAGUAUAUAAAAAAGUUAGAAGCAGAUGAGAGAGGCCAUGAAUCAGUUAUAGUAGCUCUUAAAGAUCAAAUUAAGUUUUUUAAAACAGAAGCUCAACAGGCGAAUAAAUACAGGGAUGAAGCAGUUAGUUUAAGAAACGAGUUGAAAAAUGUUGAACUGGUCCAAAAAGCUGUGAGUAGUACCCGGUCACAAGUGGAAGAUCUUAUUAGAAAUGAAACUAGCAUUGACAAUCUGGCACUGUUGGCUGCUACAUUAAAAAAGUCCCUCAUUGAUACUACCAAUAAGAAAUUAGACUAUCAGUGUAAGCUUAAAAAAACACAAAAUGAACUAUCCCAAGAGAAAAGAAAGUUUAGUGAAUUGAAGUGCCAGUAUAAUAGUGUUAAAAAGGAACUUGAUACAUUGCAAAUAAAUUAUCAAAAAGAAGUGGCUUACCUCAAAGAGAAAUUUACACAACUACAAGAAAAAGCGAAUUCGAAAGACGAGUCGUUAAGCAGAAGUAUUAAAAGAAUUGUAUCAGAAAGUCCAGUUAACUAUAAUAGAACCCCAGUGCUAACAGAAAGGAAGGAGGAAGUAAUAGAUCUGUCUGAAUCUCUUUCACUUACUCCCCCUUGUUCUGGAACAUCACAGAGCAAAAGAAAUGAAAACAAGGAAUUAGAUGAGUUACAAGAUGACUCGCCUCUGCCGGCUUCAAGUAUGGGCAUAUUCGGCAUCCAAAGAUCAAAAACUAUGGGACUUAAUAAAGAUCCUAGUAAAUUUUCAAUAUUCAAACCAAGAACAUCUGUACAACAGAUGUCAAUAAAACCAAACUUUAAAAGACCAGAUACUUCCUACGAUGGGUUCGGUGGAUCGAAUAAAGAAGAAAUUUUUCCAACAUCACAAGCCACCAAGAGACUAAAAACUUCCAAAUCUUCUGCAUCUUCUAGGUUUAAAAAGAUGUCGGCAGAAGCCGGUAAGGCAAAUAGGAAAAUGGAGGAUUUUCUAAAUAAAAGUUCCUAAAUAAUUAGUUUGUAGGUAUAAAUACUUUUUUUAAUUUUGAAUAUUUUAGUUAUUUAUCAUUAAUAUGUUUUUCUUUAAUUUACAUUAUACUAGUUUAUUUUUGCAA